AUGAUGAUUGAAGAUUUAUUGCGGUUUGUUAGCGACCGUACUCUACUCCUUGCCGGAUGCUGCAUUAUACUUAUCAUCAAGGCGUUCUUUGGCAUCGCGCCGAAUUUUGAAAUGCUAUUUGAUCGUAUGCAGAUGUUUUGGGAUUGGGUUUCGACUAUACCUUGGAAGAUAAACGAAGCUUUCCAGCCCAGUGAUGAACGUGCGAGAGAAGCAACCUGGGCCAUAGAAAUCAGUAAUUUGGCCAGGAAAUCUCAUACAUGGAUGCAGCGACAAUUAUUCCUUCGAGAAACAAUAAUUGAAUACGCCAUACAAGGGAAACUAGAGAAGACUGGGCUCUCUCAAAUAAAUGGUAUGAAGUCUAUAAGCACGAGCCUAGUGGCCCAUCAAAGAGGAUAUCUAAUAUUUCUAUCUCUCGAAUACGUAAAACCCUUCGCAAUAACCCUACUAAAUACCUUUUACGGCAAGAUCUUUAUUCGGCAUGUAAGAUACGAGAUGGUUGCUGUGCGAGAGCAUGUCAGUGCUACCCUGAAGGGUUCAGAGUCCUAUAAGGAACCGAGCCCUAGAGGAAACGGCCCGAGAAGCAUGGGAGAAGGAGAACUCGGAGGAAACAUAAACAACAAGAGGAAGAAUUCUUCUCUCCUCCUCUCCUCUUUCCCUACUUACAAUGUCUGUUCAGGCCUUCUUCGCUUCCAUCUCCCUUCUUCCCAAGCCGUCACAAUUGGGUCAUACAACAUUUCUCCUCCUGUCUCCUCUUCUCUCCCCCUGUCUGUCACGGCCGCCACCGCAGCUAAAGACACCAACCUGUGUCUUGAUGGAGGCUAUUUCACCAUCUACUUUGUGUGUACAUAA